CUCUUUGAUCGUGUUCUCUUGUUUCUCUUCGUAAUUUCUAUGAUUUUUUCAUUACUCUUCUGUUUUAUCUCAUCAAUUUGUUAGGGUUUUGUAUUCCUCUCUGAAUCUACGGAUUAGGGUUUUAAUUUUUUAUUAUCGCCGAACUAGGGCUUUUUGUCCAGUUUAAAUCGAUUAUCUUCAACCGAAAUUAUCACCGCUUAAGCGUUGCUUGCUGUUGAAAUUCAGUUUGUAAUCGAGAUUAAGAAAUUUGCUUGGUAGGAGUUGAAAGAGCGAAGGAUAUAGAGUUUUCUGCUGGUACGUUGAGUCUUUUACGCCCGGGUGUUUAUAAAGCGCAAAAAUGUCGGUAACAGCAGGUGUAAGCGAUACUGUUAUUGCAGUAAGGGAUAAGCUCAGAGGUAAAAUUGGGCAAACUAAGGUUAAAAGGUAUUGGCCUGGAAAAGCUCCGGAGUGGGCAGAUGAUGCCGACGAAGAUGGGGAGUUUAAGAUGUCCAAGGCAGCUGCUUUUCCCACUCAUGAUUCUGACGUUGUUAGGAAAGAUGAUCCUAGACUGCGUCGUUUGGCUGAGAGCAGGAUAGAUAAUCGUGAGGAUGUUAGAGCUGACCAUAGGCGUAUUCGGCAAGCUGAGAUUGUUUCAACAAUUGAAGAGGAGGCCAGGAGGCAGGAAGGGUUGGAAGCAGAGGAAGAGGAUGCAGAUGCCCAGGAAGAAAGAAGAAGAAAGAUUAGGGAGAGGUUGCUUCAGAGGGAGCAAGAAGAAGAAGAACUACUUCCCUCCGAAGAUGAGGAAGAGGUACAGGAAGAGGAGGAAGAGGAAUCUGAGUAUGACACUGACUCGGACGAAGAGCUUACUGGUAUGGUGAUGCUAAAGCCUGUCUUUGUUCCCAAGUCGGAGAGAGAUACUAUUGCUGAGCGUGAGCGACUUGAGGCCGAAGAACGGGCCCUUGAGGAAUCAAGGAAGAAGAAAUUGGAGGAAAGGAAGAGAGAGACAAAGCAGAUUGUGGUUGAGGAGAUUCGGAAGGAUGAAGAGAUUCAGAAGGGUUUGGAAUUGGAAGCAAAUAUUGAAGAUAUUGAUACUGAUGAUGAACUAAACGAGGCAGAGGAGUAUGAAGCUUGGAAGGCAAGAGAGAUUGCCCGAAUCAAAAGGGAUAGGGAGGAUAGGGAAGCAAUGUUAAAGGAAAAGGAAGAGAUUGAAAGGGUCAGAAACAUGACAGAGGAAGAGAGGAGGGAGUGGGAGAGAAAGAAUCCAAGACCUGCACCAAGACCAAAGCAGAAGUGGAGGUUCAUGCAGAAAUAUUACCACAAAGGUGCUUUCUUCCAGUCAGAAGCUGAUGACUAUGCGGCAACGGCUGGAACAGAUGGAAUUUAUGCACGUGAUGUCUCUUCCCCUACUGGAGAAGACAAGAUGGACAAAACGAUAUUGCCCAAGGUCAUGCAGGUCAAACAUUUUGGUCGUAGUGGAAGGACGAAAUGGACCCAUCUUGUCAAUGAGGAUACCACUGAUUGGAACAAUCCGUGGACAUACAACGAUCCUCUUCGGGCAAAGUAUAAUGCUAAAAUGGCGGGAAUGAAUGCACCUAUUUCAAAACCCAAAGGAAGCAAGAAAUUGAAGGACUGGGAGUCUCGUUGAUUUCUAACUGCUGUGAGUCAUGUGCAAGAAACUAGGUUAUCUGUUCCAUCCCAUGUUUUCAUGGACGGCAAGUUUGUGGGAGAAUAUUACGCUCUCAAAUGUAUUCGUAAGUUUUUAGAAGGCCAUUUUAAAGGGAACACAUUUAUUUGUCUGCUGCCUGCUAGAGAUACUGUUUUAAUAGUACGGUUAUAGAUUUAUGCCGUC